AUGGCUGGCUGCAUCUUGCUGCUCCGGGGCCUCAUUCUCACCUUCAUCCUUACCCUUGUGCUGCACCGGGUGGAGCUUUCAGUGUUUCUUCCAGCCUCAGAGGCAAACAAAGUUCUGGUGAGAUGGAGACGUGCCGGUUCUUAUCUUCUGGAGGAAAUUUUCCAGGGCAACUUGGAAAAGGAAUGCUAUGAGGAAAUCUGCAACUAUGAGGAAGCAAGAGAAGUUUUUGAAAAUGACGUCAUGACUGAAGAAUUCUGGAGACAGUACAGGGGUGGCUCUCCGUGUAUCUCCCAGCCCUGCCUCAACAACGGGACAUGCAAGGACCACAUCCGUCAUUACAGCUGCAUGUGCCCCCCUGGCUACGAGGGCAAGAACUGUGCAAUGGCUAAAAAUGAAUGUCACCUAGAGAGGACAGAUGGGUGCCAGCACUUCUGCCAUCCAGGGCAGUCAUCCUACAUGUGCAGCUGUGCAAAGGGCUACAAGCUGGGCAAGGACCACAAGUCAUGCAAUCCAAGUGACAAAUGCGCCUGUGGGGCCCUGACUUCCAAAGACAUCAAGACACCAGAAAGAAGCGGCCCGUGUCUACCUAGCUUCCCAUGGCAGGUCAAGUUAACAAAUUCCAAAGGAAAGGAAUUCUGUGGUGGUGUUUUAAUACAGGAAGACUUUGUGUUGACAACGGCAAAGUGUUCAUUACUACACAACAAUAUUAGUGUAAAAGCAAAUGCUGGCUGGAGGAUUGGGGUCAGGAGUACUCAUGUGCACAUGCGCUAUGAGGAGGAGUCGGGAGAGAACGACCUAUCUCUGCUGGAGCUUGAGAAGCCUGUGCAGUGUCCCGACUCCGGGCUCCCUGUCUGUGUCCCGGAGAGGGACUUUGCAGAGCGUGUCCUCAUCCCUGAGACACUGGGUCUCCUCAGUGGAUGGACACCCAAUGGCACAAGCCUGGAUGCCACACCGACGGUGAUUCCAGUCACACAUGCAGAUAGGGAAGAAUGUGGACAGACGCUGAAUGUGACCGUCACAACCAGAACAAGCUGUGAGAAGGCCAUCGUGGUGACUGGGCCUUGGAUGGAGGGAAGUGUGGUGACCCGAAAACACAAGGGGACCUGGUUCCUCACAGGGAUCCUAGGUUCGACACCACCACCAGGGCAGUCGCACGUGCUCCUCACCACAGUUCCAAGAUACUCAAUGUGGUUUAAACAGAUUAUGAAGUAACUGCAGUCCAACAACAUGGCUACAAGAUGGUCAGGUCCUGCCACAGUUACCAUUGGAAAACAAUGUCUCUUUCCUUGGAACUUUAUAGUUUUCUUUGAGAAUUUGAUACAUACAAUGAAAUAUGACCACAUCCAUGCACCAUUUCCCUUCUCCUGCUUGCCUUAUAUGCCCCUCAACACGUCCCUCCCAUGUGUCAUUUGUUGAUAACCCGGUAAGUUCUGUUAGUGCUACCUCAAGUGCACAUACGUAACGAUGAGGAGUUGGGGGAGCACCUCACUGCUGUAGCUAGAGAAGCUGGCUCCAGCUACCUACGGCGUACUGUGGGGCCAUCCACUGGAGCGCCCUCAGAAACAAAUGAUUUUCCCUCCCCCAGCAGCUAUCAACUGCCAACAGCUCCUCAGUAAGGAGUGGGACACAGAGUGCACGCCAACCCAGCCCAUCCAUGCCAGCAUCUUGUCUGGCCUGACCUUGUGCAGCCUUGACAGGUCACCACAGCGGCUGUGGGUCUGUAAGUGAAAUCAUGCUAUGUCCAGCAGACAGCAUCUCACGCCACCCGGCCCCACUUUUCAGCUGGUAUGUUCUUCCCGCUUCUCUUUCACAAAGAUCCCUGGGUGUUGGUAGAGGAGGAGGUGAGGGUGCAAGGUGAUGGGUAGAGCUAAGAUGUUUCACUUCCGACUGGACAGUCUCUUGUUCCCCAGCACCUGAACCAAUCAUGCAUCUUUGCAUUGAUUUUCGCCUGUUAUAAAAAGGUGAUUCUCCUGCCAAGUUGGAGAAGAGUCCAGAUCUAUAGGUAUAAACACAAAUAUUUAGAACAUGAUUUUUAGCACAGCUGUUUAACAAGGUAACAACAGCAGCUUCUACCCUAGAGCCUAUGACCAGCCCAGCCAUGAGCUUUUCACCAGGAUUAUAGUUCCAAGCAUAAAAUUCCUCCUGUGGAACAGGCCUCAAAUUCAACCGGAAAGCAGUUAUCUCCAUAAUAGCUAUGCCAUAAUUGCACCAGGGGACACAUCUUGCCUGCAUGUCAGUAUUGUGGA